CUAUUGCUGCUGCAGCUGAUGCCGGACUGGUCUACAAGAAAAUGGCCGCCGGACUCCGGCACUGAGGACAUAUGUGGUAAUAUUCAUAUUAUAGCUUUACAGAGGACGGGGCUGUGGCCUGUGACAAUACUUCCGAACUUAGCGUUCCACAUACAGUGUCCGUGGAGAUCAGGAACUCCAGCUGUCGGGAACGGAGUUUUUACUACACAUCACACGUUCUGUAUUCUCUCUGAUUCACAAGGAUGGACAAGGACAGGAGUCACAGGACUGAGAGUAUAAUAAAUAUCACCCUGGAGAUCAUCUACCUGCUGACUGGGGAGGAUUACACAAUAGUGAAGAAGACAUCCAAUGAGUAUGAGACACCCAGCAGCCAUCUCCGUGUAUCAGGAAGACUGAGUAGAACCCAGAGCCCCAUCACGGUGCCUCCACCUCACUCACUGACACAUGAGAGACACAAUGAUCAGAAGAUCCUGGAACUCACCAACAAGAUCAUUCAGUUGCUGACUGGAGAGGAGGGGGAGUAUAUAGAGGAACACGGGGGUCUGUACGAGGACGUGAUGAUGGAUAAUCACCGGCCCCUCACAUCACUUGAUGGACCCAGUAACAGAGAUACCCCAGAGAGAUGUCCCCGUCCUCUGUAUUCCCAGGACUGUACAGAGGAGAAUCACAGGAUCCCACAGGAGGAUCAGGUAGAACGUCUGUCUAAUACUAAAAUACCAGAUAUAGAGGGAGAAGAAGAGACGUAUGUGACUGAUAUAAAGGCAGAAGAUAUAGAGGGAGAAGAAGAGACGUAUGUGACUGAUAUAAAGGCAGAAGAUAUAGAGGGAGAAGAAGAGACGUAUGUGACUGAUAUAGAGGCAGAAGAUAUAGAGGGAGAAGAAGAGACGUAUGUGACUGAUAUGAAGGCAGAAGAUAUAGAGGGAGAAGAAGAGACGUAUGUGACUGAUAUAAAGGCAGAAGAUAUAGAGGGAGAAGAAGAGACGUAUGUGACUGAUAUGAAGGCAGAAGAUAUACAGGGAGAAGAAGAGACGUAUGUGACUGAUAUAAAGGCAGAGGAUAUAGAGGUAGAAGAAGAAAAGUAUGUGACUGAUAUAAAGGUAGAAGAUAUAGAGGGAGAAGAAGAGACAUAUGUGACUGAUAUAAAGGCAGAAGAUACAAAGGGAGAAGAAGAGACGUAUGUGACUAAUAUAAAGGCAGAAGAUAUAGAGGGAGAAGAAGAGACGGAUGUGAGAGAUAUGAAGGCAGAAGAUAUAGAGGGAGAAGAAGAGACGUAUGUGACUGAUAUAAAGGCAGAAGAUACAAAGGGAGAAGAAGAGACGUAUGUGACUGAUAUAAAGGCAGAAGAUAUAGAGGGAGAAGAAGAGACGGAUGUGAGAGAUAUGAAGGCAGAAGAUAUAGAGGGAGAAGAAGAGACGUAUAUGACUGAUAUAAAGGCAGAAGAUAUAGAGGGAGAAGAAGAGACGUAUGUGACUGAUAUAAAGGCAGAAGAUAUAGAGGUAGAAGAAGAGACGGAUGUGAGAGAUAUGAAGGCAGAAGAUAUAGAGGGAGAAGAAGAGACGUGUGUGACUGAUAUAAAGGCAGAAGAUAUAGAGGGAGAAGAAGAGACGUAUGUGACUGAUAUAAAGGCAGAAGAUACAAAGGGAGAAGAAGAGACGUAUGUGACUGAUAUAAAGGCAGAAGAUACAGAGGGAGAAGAAGAGACGUAUGUGACUGAUAUAAAGGCAGAAGAUAUAGAGGGAGAAGAAGAGACGUAUGUGACUGAUAUAAAGGCAGAAGAUAUAGAGGGAGAAGAAGAGACGUAUGUGACUGAUAUAAAGGCAGAAGAUAUAGAGGAAGAAGAAGAGACGUAUGUGACUGAUAUAAAUGCAGAAGAUAUAGAGGGAGAAGAAGAGACGUAUGUGAGGGGUGAUCAGCAGUGUAAGGAGGAGGAGAUCCCUACAGAUAUCAGCACAGCAGAUGGACACACAAGCAGGAAUAUCUCAGAAGGACAUCUAUUGUUAUCCCCGGAUUGUGACAUAAAAGAUGACAGUAGACAGGAUUCUCCAGCAUUUAACCCCAUUACCCCAAUUAUAUAUCCAGCUCUAUCAACUGAUCCCCCUGAUCCUGGGAAAUGUUCUCCUGAUCACUCUGAUAUUGGUGCAUCUGUUACAGCUUUGAGAGUAGAUACAGUGUUUCCCUGGUCUAUAGAUACCAAAUGUUUUACACAGAACACAAACCUUAUUACUCAUCAGCCAGCUAAGGCAGGUGAGAGGCCAUUUCCAUGUUCUGAGUGUGGGAAAUGUUUUACAUAUAAAUCAAAUCUUGUUACACAUAAGAGAAGUCACACAGGUGAGAAGCCGUAUUCCUGCUCUGAGUGUGGGAAAUGUUUUGCAUUGAAAUCAAAUCUUAUUAAACAUCAGAGAAGUCACACAGGUGAGAAACCGUAUUCCUGUUCUGAGUGUAGGAAAUGUUUUGCACGGAAAUCAACUCUUGUUACACAUCAGAAAAGUCACACAGGUGAGAAGCCGUAUUCCUGUUCUGAGUGUGGAAAAUGUUUUGCAUCGAAAUCAUAUCUUGUUACACAUCAGAGUAGUCACACAGAUGAGAAGCCAUAUUCCUGUUCUGAGUGUGGGAAAUGUUUCACAAAGAAAUCAGCCCUUGUUACACAUCAGAGAAGUCACACAGGUGAGAGGCCAUAUUCCUGUUCUGAGUGUGGGAAAUGUUUUACACAGAAAUCAGAUCUUGUUACACAUAAGAGAAGUCACACAGGUGAGAAGCCGUAUUCCUGCUCUGAGUGUGGGAAAUGUUUUGCAUCGAAAUCAAAUCUUAUUAAACAUCAGAGAAGUCACACAGGUGAGAAACCGUAUUCCUGUUCUGAGUGUAGGAAAUGUUUUUUAUCUAAAUCAAAUCUUGUUAAACAUCAGAGAAGUCACACAGGUGAGAAACCGUAUUCCUGUUCUGAGUGUAGGAAAUGUUUUACACAGAAAUCAGAUCUUGUUACACAUAAGAGAAGUCACACAGGUGAGAAGCCGUAUUCCUGCUCUGAGUGUGGGAAAUGUUUUUUAUCUAAAUCAAAUCUUGUUAUACAUCAGAGAAGUCACACAGGUGAGAAGCCGUAUUCCUGCUCUGAGUGUGGGAAAUGUUUUGCAUCGAAAUCAAAUCUUAUUAAACAUCAGAGAAGUCACACAGGUGAGAAACCGUAUUCCUGUUCUGAGUGUAGGAAAUGUUUUUUAUCUAAAUCAAAUCUUGUUAAACAUCAGAGAAGUCACACAGGUGAGAAACCGUAUUCCUGUUCUGAGUGUAGGAAAUGUUUUGCACGGAAAUCAGAUCUUGUUACACAUCAGAGAAGUCACACAGGUGAGAAGCCGUAUUCCUGUUCUGAGUGUGGGAAAUGUUUUUUAUCUAAAUCAAAUCUUGUUAUACAUCAGAGAAGUCACACAGGUGAGAAGCCAUAUUCCUGUUCUGAGUGUGGGAAAUGUUUCUCACAGACAUCAGCUCUUGUUACACAUCAGAGAAGUCACACAGGUGAGAAGCCAUUUUCCUGCUCUGAGUGUGGGAAAUGUUUUGCACAGAGAUCACAUUUUGUUACUCAUCAGCAUGCUCACACAGGUGAGAGGCCAUUUUCCUGUUCUGAGUGUGAGAAAUGUUUCGCAUAUAAAUCAGCUCUUGUUACACAUCAGAGAAGUCACACAGGUGAGAGGCCGUAUUCCUGUUCUGAGUGUGGGAAAUGUUUCACACAGAAAUCACAUCUUGUUACACAUCAGAGGAGUCACACAGAUGAGAAGCCAUUUUCAUGCUGUGAGAGAAAUAAAUCCGCUCUUGUUGAACAUAUUAGACAUUACCCAAGCACGGAACCAUUUAAAUCUUCUGGAGUAUAAUUAUCACUGCCAUGCAAUGUUCCUCAAGGGUCAAUCCUAUCUCCUAUGCUUUAUGCAAUAUACAGUCUGGUCCAUAUAUAUUGGGACAUCGACACAAUUCUCAUAUUUUGGGCUCUAUACACCACCACAAUGGAUUUGAAAUGAAACAAACAAGAUGUGCUUUAAAUGCAGACUUUCCGCUUUAAUUUGAGAGUAUUUACAUCUAAAUCAAGUGAACGGUGUAGGAAUUAAAAACGGUUUUUAUAUGUGCCUCCCACUUUUUAAGGGACCAAAAGUAAUGGUACAGACUAAACAAUCCUAAAUCAAACUUUGUUGCAAAUCCUUUUGUCAGUUACAGCCUGAAGUCUGGAACGCAUAGACAUCACCAGAUGCUGGGUUUCAUCCCUGGUGAUGCUCUGCCAGGCCUCUACUGCAAAUGUCUUCAGUUCCUACUUGUUCUUGGGGCAUUUUCCCUUCAGUUUUGUCUUCAUCAAGUGAAAUGCAUGCUCAAUCGGAUUCAGGUCAGGUGAUUGAAUUGGCCAUUGCAUAACA